UGAUCAAUUUGCAGAUAUUUCGACAUGGGAAGAAAUCACUUAUAAUAUCUGACAGUAAUUGAAAUUUCGUCUCGUGAUCUCAUCUUCUUGGAAAAUUCACAUUCUCGUGAUCUCAUCUUCUUGGAAUAUUCCCCGAUAUUAUAUAUUACACGACAGUUUUACUUCGAAUUAUUUCUCAAAUUAUUAAUUUUUAUAUGAUUAAUAAAACUAAUAUAUAGAAUGUUGUUUCAAGUUUAGCUCGAUUAAAACAUCCUGUCACUAGGUUAAUGUUGAAACGUUUAUCGUUUAGAAUAUCUUAUUUUGAUGUAGCAUUAUUGCACAAUAUUGCACUGUAUAUAUUCUUCCCAGAAUUCAACAGGAAACUAUUACCUCGAUCAAUGUGAAAAUACUGAAGGUAAUUUCCCAGGAAAAUGGUAGCAUACUCAAAAGUCAAAACUUAAAGCAUUUAUACUUAGAAUUGAUUUCGCAAGAAUUAUUUUUGUUGAUAAGUCAAAUGUUCUAGCAUUCUAUUUAUCCAGCUAUGUAUCGACCACAGGCAGAUUCUCGAGUCCACAAGAAUAGAUCGCCGAGUUAGCACUAGCGUUUUCAUAAUGUAUUUGGCAAGAAAAUGUACCAUCAUGUGACACAUACCGCAUGAAAUCAUGUGAUGUGUGGGUGUUAGAAUUAGAAAUAAGUUGGUCGUUUCAAGAUCUGGAACAAAGCUCAUAGUGAACGUCUCCAGCUCACAGUGAACAUCAGAUUGUCAUCAAAAUGGAAGAAUCACAAACUGUCAAGAAUGGUCGAAUAUAUUUAGAAAACAAACGAACCAUUAUGUUGGGAAUCAGUCCUGGAAAUUCGUUUUUCUACAAAGUGGAGAAUCUUCAAAAAAUGUUUCAAUUUGCGACGGAAAACUCUGAUCAGAAGGUAAGAUUAAUAAUACAAAGGAUUGGAUUUAUUUUAACACUCCACAGACGGUUACACCAUUUGCUGCACGAGUGAAAGCCAGCCACACUUUCAAUAAUUGUGCAUUUUCUCUCUAAGAUCUUGCUGUUUCUGACGGAUAAACUAUCUGAACACAACUACAGAGCUAUUCGUAGUAGGAAUCCAGAGAAGUCUGCCAGAAUGAAUGCAAAUCGUCUUCGAAAUAAAUGUCAAGAAGCUAUGCACUCUUGUGGAAUACAAAAUGAAUCGACUGAAUACAUCGAUUGGAGUCGUGAUAUCGAAACCUCAGACUCGUACAUCAAUGCUCUAAACUAUGUGAAACAUUUAUACGAAGUGAAUGAUCAGUUUCAGAAGGAUAUCCAGGGGUGCACCCAGCUUGCUCUUGUCUCACUGAAAAAUGGCCGCGAAGAAAACAUGUCGGAGAACAGGAGGAAUACCGCAAUUGAUUUAGAAGAAGGCGUCGAAUACCUGUUGAAAGAAGUGGCUUUCCUUUCUGUAGUUAGUGAAAUCUAUGAAAGGUGUGAGGAAUACGUGGUAGUCUAUCACCGGUCAUUGCCUGUCAUAGAGAGAUAUUUUGACGGAAAAUACGACAAUGUCUCCAGGCCUUGUUUGGGUUUUUAUGUUCUAGAAUAGAUCCACGGCCUAAACUAUAAUAAUGCAGAAGUUAGACCUUAUAUAUUCACGAAUUCGAUUUAUAUUUAACAUUGGGAAGUUAGAGUUUCAUGUUUAAGAUUAAAGUUUAAAUUGAAAUUUGUAAUCAAUAUUGAAUAUA